UCUCCUUCUCCUUCCCCCCCGGCCGUGCUGCAGUCGGUGCGGUCCGCGGCUGCUCUCAGUCCCUGUCUCGCUGUGUGUUUGUCCGUGUCCGCUCACUGUCCAGGAUGAACACGGCUCUGUCCCGGGCCAACUCGCUCUUCGCCUUCUCGCUUAGUGUGAUGGCCGUGCUGACCCUCGGCUGUUUCCUCACCACCGCCUUCAAGGACCGGACUGUCCCGGUGCACAUCCAGGUCUCCAAAGUCAUGUUGAAAAACGUGGAAGAUUUUACGGGACCCAGAGAAAGAAGUGACUUGGGAUUGAUCACAUUUGACCUAUCUGCCGAUUUGAAGCCAAUAUUUGACUGGAACGUCAAGCAGCUGUUCCUUUAUUUAUCAGCGGAGUACAAAACUAAGAAUAAUGCACUGAACCAGGUUGUUCUCUGGGACAAGAUUGUUCUUCGUGGAGACAAAACGAAAUUGGACCUGAAAGAUGUGAAGUCAAAAUAUUUCUUCUUUGAUGAUGGAAAUGGCCUCAAGGGAAACGAAAACAUCACUUUAACUCUGUCCUGGAAUGUGGUUCCAAACGCUGGAAUUCUGCCUCUUGUAACGGGUUCAGGUCACAGUUCUGCCGCAUUUCCAGAUUCCUAUGAGAUGACAAAGAACUAUUGAACUCUUGACUAUUUUCCUUUGUUAUAAUACCUUUUAUUGUUGUAAUUUGAAACUCAUAACUCGGAACAUAUUUUUAUAUCCAAAUAUCAUGUCUGUGUGGCUGGGGUGAAAAAAAUCUGAAAAUUCCCCCAAGUGAAAAUAAAAUGGGUGACUGUUUUGUAUUUUUUGUAACAGGCGCACAAGAAAUUCUUUUGAAUUGUAAUGUUUUAUCUGUGUCCAGAUUUAAUUCCCGUUAUAUAACGAAGUUGGACUUCACUUGAUGGGGGAGGGGUGGGGGGGGGAAAUUUAUUGCUGCGCGGUAAGUGUGACACCAUGUUUCGUGACUGUCGCACUUAAAUCUCCCCCGCCUUCCCAAGUGUGAGAAACACUUUCUCCCUCUAGCGUUUAAUUGCUCACAACAGACAUUGGCCAUGUACUAUUUGCACCAUGAGCUCCAAAUACUUUUCUUUUCUAAAGCCAAUAUUCUUGUGUUGUUUCUUUGACAGCCAUUAGGCAUAUGGAGGUGGGGGGGCGGGGAUUGCGGGUUGGUGUUAGAGAGCUCAGUUCUAACUGUUGUGCUUUCUCUGCUUCCCCAGCCUUGCCCUAAAUAAAAAGGCCACUUGACUCAAUUUGCAUCCUUGAAGAAAAUGACUGCCUUCCUAUUAAUUAUGGUACUUAUUAAUUCCUCCUCCAUCUUCUAAAGCUCUAGUCUAAAGCUCACUGUAAGAAGUCUCUGUUUAUUCAGCAGGGUAAGGAUUUUCUCAACAAUAAAAAAAAAAAGAAUCCUAUUCCUCAAAUGUAAACGGGCUGUUUUAUUUUCAGACUUUUCAUGUUUUUCUUUGCUGUAUAUUAAAAACACAAAGUAAAUUGAAGCAUGAGUAUUUAUAUUGAGUGUUCUGAAAACAACUGCUGGAGUCUGAACUUUGCUUGUAUCCUACAGCACAACAGCUUUUAUACUGUAUAAUUACUGUGAAUUGCAACAAAAAUACAGCAAUGUGCAUAUUCUGUAGAACAGAAUAUAUUAUCUUUUUUGUGGUAUAUUUUUUGAUUCUAAAGCAUACUGUUUGUGGAUGGGUAUCGAUAUAGAAACUUGAACCCGAGGAAUAUUUUUAAACUGAUUAAGGUUAGGGUGACUGUACUAGAGAACAAAGUAUGUGUUUGAAUAAAGGGGUUUGUUUUUAUUUUGUCCGUGAAAA